AUGGAGAAGAGGUCUGGCGACGACAGUGCAGAACGAUGGCCCGAGCCAGCGGCCUUUGAUGGCCAGCACAGGAGACCUUCACCGGCACCCGUGUCGGCGUUCAAGUCACUGGGAUGGCUCGACCGUUUCCUAGCCAUCUGGAUAUUUUUGGCCAUGGUCGUCGGAAUUCUGCUCGGAAACUUCGUGCCUGACGUUGACGACGUACUAGAGCAGGGGAAGUUCGUUGGCGUGUCCGUCCCCAUAGCCGUUGGACUGUUGGUCAUGAUGUAUCCAAUUCUAUGCAAGGUCCGGUACGAAUCACUACUCACCAUAUUCGCGGACCGAGGCAUUUGGCGCCAAAUUGGCUUCAGCAUUAUCGUAAACUGGGUUGUGGCUCCCUUUUUCAUGCUGGCCCUGUCCUGGGCAUUCCUCCCAGACAAGAGCGAGCUUCGCUCAGGGUUGAUACUUGUCGGCCUUGGACGCUGCAUUGCCAUGGUCCUCGUGUGGACACAGCUUGCCGGUGGCGACUCGGAGUACUGUGCCAUCUUGGUGGCUAUCAAUUCUGUGAUGCAGAUGGUCCUCUUCGCGCCCAUGGCUGUCUUUUUCAUCCGCAUUAUCGGGCACGAUACAACCGGUGUGAGCAUAUCAUACGCAGUUGUGGCUGUCAGUGUAGCCGUGUUUUUGGGCAUACCACUUGGAGCAGCCAUAGUGACCCGCGUGGUGCUGCGCACGUUGGCCGGCCCAGAGUGGUACGAGCGGGUGUUUUUGCGGUUCGCCUCGCCGUGGUCACUCAUUGGACUGCUGUAUACCAUCCUGGUGCUGUUUGCCUCGCAAGGUCACGCGGUUGUGCACCAGGUAGUCAGUGUGCUGCGUAUAGCGGCGCCGCUGAUUGUGUAUUUUGUGGUGAUCUUCUCAAUGACACUGUGGGUCACGUACCGCCUUGGCUUUGGCUAUGCGCUGGCGACGACGCAGAGCUUCACGGCUGCCAGCAACAACUUUGAGCUGGCCAUAGCCGUCGCCGUCGCCACCUUCGGUCCGAGAAGUGACCAAGCUCUCGCAGCGACGGUAGGCCCGCUUGUAGAGGUGCCAGUUUUGCUGGGUCUGGUGUACUUGGUGCGCUGGGCGGCUAAACGCUGGAGUUGGAAACAGUAA